AAAGAAGUUCAACACCAUAUAACGCUAUCCAGAAAGAAAUACAUAUUCUUGCUCAUUUUAUAGUUCUGUGACAUGUAUCAUAUAAUCGAAUUAAAUUGCAUAAUUUAAUUUACAUUUUUAUCCUCAAUGCUUUUAUCCAGGAGGUUGUUGCUCGUUAGCGGCGCUCGCUAACCGGAAGUGACGUCUGGGUUUGAUGAUGGAGGGCAGCAGCGUCUAUGUUCGGGAAAGAGGCAAACUUUGGCGCGUGUGUGACCUCGCCGUGGCUCCAGCGGCCCCCCCGGCUGGCACGCGGGCAGAAUCCCGCGCGCCGACAGACAAUCAUUGCAGAAUGAGUUCCCGCGCAGAGGGAAGCCUCCACACGUCUCUGUUUCAGAUCACGCUGUCGUUCGUCGUUGACCACAUCCAUCUCGUGGAGUCGCUGGUUGGUUUCCCGGAACAAAUCGGACGUGAGGUGUUUGCGGCUGCGGCCGCAGGUCACGUGUUUUCCCGCCCAAACUCCGCUAAAGCGCUGCGGUUGUUCGCUGAUGCUUACGGAGACCUGCUGCUCGGAUCCCUGUGCCUCAGGCACCGGUUCCCGCUCCUGCACGAGCGCAUGGAGGAGAUCAGAGCGUUCCGCUGCCUGAAGUCUCUGGACCUGUUCGGCUGCAGGCUCGGUGACCAUCAUGAGAUCUUCCAGCACGUGACGUCACUGCCAAACAGCUUGGUCCAGCUCUCCGUGGGCGGGAACGGCCUUUCGGAUUCAGGCCUGCAGAGACUGACGGCUCCGGUCCGGAUGAGGCGGUCGGGUCUGGACGGUCUCCGGGUUCUGGAUGUUUCCUACAAUCCCGUCUCGGAGAAGGCCCUCAGGUACCUCACCUGCCUCACGAAGCUGUCCCAGCUGGACGUGUCUCAGACUGAGAUGAGGAUCAGCGCCGGGUUACAGAGAACCAUGUGGGCCGUGCUGGGCCUGCUGCACUCACACACACCUCUGGACCUCUUCAACCAUUCUGGAUGUAGAACUGGAGGCUGGGCAGAGCAGGUAGUGGAUCAGUGGGAAGCGAUUGGAUCAGAGACGCCACCGCAGAAGACCGUGGAGGAGUCCCGGAGGUCGGCGCUUUGCUUCUCAGAUGGAAGACAGAGGUGGAUCAGAGAGGGGCGGAGCUCCUGCGGCCCGGUUGAUGGGGGUGUGGAGGAGGACCCGAGCCGAGCGGAGCUGCAUUUCUACAGACCCUCGACGGGCGGCGCGGAGGAGCCGCCGUCUGUCGCCGUCAGUCCUCCGGAGGAAGCUCCCCGGCGCCAUCAGCAAAAACGAAAGCAGCAUCCAGGAGAGCGCGGCGUCUCCCAAAGCCCCCCCAGGAAACGCAGCUUCCCCUCUGCUCUGACUGCAGAGGACAUGGAGCUGCUGCGCAGCUACUGAAGCAUGCAGACCUGCAGCAUUCCACGCAGCUAAACACCAGAGCAGCGUCACCGCCACAAACAACAACAACUGAGUUUGAAGUCUUUAUUUUAGCAGGUAAUAAGCAGAAGAUCCUGAAGGAGGAUAGAAAACAGGAAUCACUGCAACCAAAGGAUUCAUCCAAACCGUCUGCAGACAUCAAAGGCAGCAGCGAGGCUGCAGGAAUGCUUUACAAUCACAGACGUUUAAGGAAAUAAAACCAGAACUAAGA